CAUGGGUGACACGAGAGUUUCCUAACUUACGGUAUAGUUUCUACAAAAGAAAUGUAUGGCAUCUGUUAUCAUUCUCUACCUUCCAAAACUCUGCAACUUUUACUUAUGCUUAUGCUUUUUGUACCAUGUGUGCGAUCUCAAUAUUAGAUUCUCUUUAGUUAAUCUUUUUCCCUUUUUCAUGAGCUAAUCAGAGAUAACACAAAGUUCAGUUCCUGAUUCCUGUGCCAACCCAAAGAAAACCCUUUUUCUGCCCACAUUUUUUGCUUGAUUCUUUUCUAUCUAGAUAAGGAGAAUUGAAAGAGAGUGUUAUAGAAUAGAAGAAUGAAAGUUGUUAAGGAAUGGUUGAAGGGUUCGCAGACUGUGCUUAGCAUGUUUUUAGUGCAAGUUUUUGCAACGGGGAUGCAGAUUCUAUCGAGGGUUAUACUUGUUGAGGGCACUUUCAUUUUCGCACUCAUCGCCUACCGUCACGUUGUUGCUGCUGUUUGUGUUGCCCCUUUUGCUCUCUACUUUGAAAGAGGCCGUCAAAAGAAGUUGAAGUGGUCGAUUUGGUUCUGGCUCUUCCUUAACGCCUUAGUGGGGAUAACACUGGGCAUGGGACUGUUCUAUUAUGGUCUGCGAGAUACAUCAGCUACUUACUCUGUCAAUUUUCUCAGCUUGGUUCCUAUCUCCACUUUCAUUUUCUCUAUCAUAUGCAGAAUGGAGAGGGUGGAGUUUGGAAGAUGGACGAGUAAAGUGAAGACAAUAGGAGCAACCUUGUGUGUUGGGGGAGCAUUAACAACUUCUCUCUACAAAGGAAACGAAUUCUAUAUUGGUUUAUCUACCCAUCAUUCACACACUCCAACACUUGAGUCUUCCAAACCAAACAUGCUUCGUGGCACUCUUUUUUUGCUUGGUAGCUGCUUCUCAUACACAGCUUGGUUCAUCGUCCAAGUUAAGUUGCUUCAAAUAUUUCCAUUCAAAUAUUGGGGAACAAUGCUUACGUGCAUUAUAGCAUCAGUUCAAGCAGCAAUAGUCGGAAUAUGCUUAGAUUGCAGAAAAGUUACUUGGAGUUUAAAGUGGAAUCUACAACUUAUCACAAUAAUAUACUCGGGAACAUUGGCCACAGCUGCUACGUUUUGCUUAAUUUAUUGGGCAAUUUCAAUCAAAGGACCAACUUAUCCCACAAUGUUCAACCCAUUGGCUCUUAUUUUUGUGGCCAUAUCAGAAGCUAUCUUACUGGGUCAACCAAUCAGUCUUGGCAUCUUGGUGGGCAUGCUUUUGAUCCUAACGGGGUUGUACUCAUUUUUGUGGGGCAAAGAAAAAGAGACAGAAAGUAUGGUUGAAGCCUGUGGAGAGGUUUCAACAGGCAUGGCACGAGAGUCUCUUGGAGUUCAUUCCACAGCCAUGGUGGUACCAAGUAUUUCACCUGCCAAUGAGAAGACCGAUAGAAAUUGAAAAAUAUAAAUUAUUAUUAUAAUGUUCUUACGAAGACUUCUGCUUUGUCUAUAGUUAGCUUACGAAUACAUAUACAAUAAGAGUGUAACCAAUAGAUAGUCAUACUUGGACAUAUCUUUUAUAUUUAUAUAUUUAGAUGGCUUUUACUUUAUUUUG